CAUUUUGCAUUGAACCAUAAAGGAAAACGGGUCGUAUGGACGCACUCUGUGUAGUUAGAAAGAAAGAAAGUAGCGGACAAAUUUUUACGUGAAUUUCAUAAUAAUUCGUUUGCAGACGCGGAAACGUGAAAGAAAAUAUUUUUUACAAAAAAAGAACGCUAUUAGUGAAAAAACUCUUCUAGCUGUUCGAAUUAUAAAAAAAAACGUGUAAGAAAAACUUUUGUGCGACAAAACAAUAAAUGAAGAGAAAUUCCAACGCAAAGUUCAAGCGAAGAAAAAAUUGUGUGUGAAAAAAUUGAACAGCCCAAAUCCCAGCACCCGAAAACUAUCCACUCACCGAAAUGGCCAUCGCUUACUACAUACCCGAUCAAGCUACAGUCCUGCGACGCGGCAUUAUGAAGGAGCAGCAGAUUCUACGCGCCCGCCAGGCAUAUUGGCGAUUUGUAUUCAUACUAUUUUGGGAAUUAUUGCAUCAGUAUGUGCAAUAUGAACGCCAGAGUUUGGGUAAAUGCCGACUAACGAGAUUUUUGCACUAAAACGACAACCACAAUCCAUCUAAGUCAAGUUCACCAACAACGAAAGCAAAUAGAAACCAAAAAAGAAAACUUCAAUAGAUAGCUUUUAUAGAUACGCAAAGAAAGAAAGAAAUUCAUCUGUAAAAUCACGCUAAACGAUAAAAAUAAAUUGUAAAAGUAAUAAUGCUGACAAGUGCAAAAAUUCAUCACUUCAUUUCAAUGUUCAUUACAAUUUCACCAUAAAGAAAAUCAUUUCACAACAAAAAGAGCUGCCCCACCGGAGCAACGUUGAGCCGAAAAUGAUUACCGCAGCACCAACCAGCAAUGCACACGUUAUCAACGUCUUCGUCAACCUGUCUGCAAGCAAAUACUUACCCGUACAUGUAUAUGUACGUACAUACGUUAGUUGACGCGCGCCAAAAAAGAACCGGAUUUCGUAUACCGCUAACCCAUAGUCAUCCAAAAAUGGAUUAGUCAUUUAGCAGUGGCCGCGACAAAAGCUGAUAAUUUUUUUUUCCAUUCGCGGUCAAUAACCGUGUGAAAAAAGGCAUUUGACACAUAUUCGUGUUCAAUUUACACAUUUCAUUUGUAUGUAGAUUUUUUACUUUUCGUUCAAGGUUAACGAAAGUUGGCUGUUCAUAACUUGUUAGUUCUUUCCUUUUUGUGUUUUUUCCUUUGAUAUAUUAGAUACCUAAAUAUGUAUGUAUGUAUUUACAUUCAAUUCUACUUACCAUAGCAGUGUAGUUUUAUUUAGUCUAUUUCUCAUCAAAGCGAUUGUGAUACGUCUCUAUGGUUUCUAAAAUAAGCAUUAACCUGUAAGAUUAUACUUAAAAUACAUUUGUAUUAA